AAUCGUAAUGUAAUAAAGAGUUAUCACGUAAAAAAAAACAAACAAAAAAACAGUUUUACUUAUUCCAAUCUGGGGAAUUUCUCAAAACGAUUUGUAUUUUUGUGUCCUCGUAAUCUCGAGCUGCACACGGCACCUAAAUGCGCCACUCGUCCUCAAAGGCGCUCGUGAGCAAAACAGUCAACAGGCUAUUGUGGUGCGAGGUGCUGCCUUCAAGGACCGUGUGCAGUGGGAAAAAAACAAACAACAUUUAACGCAAUCACAUGUCAGUUGUGGGCGUGUAUUAAGGACGACUAACUGUUUACCCGACGCGAAUUGAAAACGGUAUUGGUGGAUAGCGUAACGUUUAAUCUCACUCCAAAAUCGAGUUGGAAUGCUUUUCUCCUUUAGGGAACAAGGUGUUUGCACUCCUGCCGAUAAUGUCAAGUCAUGAUACGUCAUCAUCAUCUGUCCAUGACCAUGAAACGAGGGAAACUUUCGACGCCCCCCAUUCUGUAUUGCACAACUCGGACUGGCUGCCAGCCAAUCGCAUACACUUAGCAUUUUUUUAAUGUCUUUUAUUAAAGGAUUGGUUAAUUAAUAAUUGUUUGAAGAUGAAGAUGAAUUAUUAUUUCAUCUUUAAAAAAUAACUAUUCUACAGAUAGUUUUUUUUGAAUUCAAACUUUUUUUUCUCUCUCAUCUUCAAACGACCUGGCCCAUCUGCAGUCAGUUGAAGCCCCCCUAAAAUCAAUCUCAGCACCCCUAAAAUUUGAGGAAAAAAAAAAAAAAAGUUUUAAACUGUAUGUCCUUUUUAAGCAAUCUAGAUCCGUGUAAAACCAUACAGUUCUUGCUUGAAAUGUGCUAUUUUGACAACAAAAACUACAGCACCCCCUCAGUGCCUCAAAAAUGCUUUGGUCCAAACCAUAUGCAUUUUUGGGGGUGCUGAAGCAUGAAUCCCAGCACCCCUAAACCUCUGAUCCUAGAAUUGCCCCAGCCUAUCUGUCUGUUGUAAAAAAUCUAAUGGAGCCACUUUGUAAAAUUCUACUUUGGAUACUUUUAAAAUACACAAGUUUUUUUUUACGGUUCUUGUUUGAGGCAGCAACACAGUAUUCAAAAAGUUGUACAAAUAUGAAUAAGUUCAGCUUUAAAUUUAUUACACUAUUAUGUGGUACAUAACGUCCUAAAAGAAAUCAAAUACAGAGUUGAACUGACUUUUCUAUUCAUUGAAUUUAUUAUUAUUUUUUAAAAAUCGAAGCUUUAUUUAAAAAUGACAAUUCUGUCCCUUUUCCUUAUUAUUAUUAUUUUUUUUUUCUUGUAUACUUCCAGAUUCUAAGAAGAAAUAACGCAUUGUUCACUUUUUCAUGCGUGGAUAGAAACCAUGAUAUGUUUAGUUGGCAUGUAUAGGACAAGUCAGACGGGAUGUUUUUGAGAUAGAUACAUUUUGAAAUAUAUUUGUGAAGUUACUGCCGAUCAUAGCAGACAUGAUAAAAUAUGAGCUCCGUUUACUGUAUUUGCUGAGCGUGCUGGGAUCUUGGUUCAAGUCCACAUUAUGAGGCUGCGAAUGCUCCCAACAUACUUGUGCCACAUGUCUGCAGGGAAAAAGCAGCGGAAGGGUCAGCUCGUCUCUCUAAAACUUUUAGUAUGUAAAAAAAAAAAAAAAAUAGAUAUUCAGAUGAUGAAAUGAGAAUUUGUGUCAGCAGCACGUGGCUUAGUUUGCAUCGUGCACUCACAGUGUUGUUUUAUUAGGAAUUACAGCUGGUGAACGUAGGUGUGUUGAAAGGUGGGGAAGGACUUUUCGACUGUCUAGGAAUCUUUUCACAGCUGGCCUCAGUCCCGUAGCAGACAGACAGUGGCAUGGAUCAUGUGCUGAAAGUUGCAGACCGUUACGUCUUCACUCCAUAUGUUUACCCAGCGUCGUGGCCCGAGGACGGGGCUCUGCGUCAACUCAUCAGCCUGAGCCUGCUGACCAACCUGGGAGCACAAAUGGUUUACUUAGUCUUUGGCACACUGAGUUUCUACUUCGUCUUUGACCACAGGCUCAUGAAACAUCCACAUUUCAUUGAGAACCAGGUGAGGAAAGAGAUCCAACUUGCAACUACCUCCCUCAUCUGGAUGAGUUUCCCGACAGUGGUGCUAUUCUUCUUGGAGAUUAGGGGACACAGCAAACUUUUUGAUGAUGUCAGCCAAUCUUCUCAGGGCUGGCCUGGGGUGUUCCUGAACAUCGUUGGAUUCUUGUUCUUUACGGACAUGUGCAUCUACUGGAUACACCGCUCCAUGCAUCAUAGGAGUAUCUAUAAGUACUUACAUAAGCAGCAUCAUUUAUUCAAGAUCCCCACACCGUUUGCAAGCCACGCCUUCCACCCACUAGACGGCUUCCUGCAGAGCUUACCCUACCACGUCUACCCUUUCAUCUUCCCGCUCCACAAGGUUGUUUACCUGUCCCUCUUCAUCUUCGUCAAUAUCUGGACCAUCUCCAUUCACGACGGCGACUACCGCAUCCCCGGCCCCUUGAUAAGCAUUAUAAAUGGCGCCGCCCACCACGUGGAUCAUCACCUCUUCUUCAACUACAACUAUGGACAAUGCUUUACUUUCUGGGAUCGUCUGGGAGGCUCCUACAAACACCCUUCAGUCCUCCAAGGGAAUGGACCACAUGUCCACAUCCGCAAGCUUGCGGCAGACACUGUUAGGCAGUGACAAUUGAGCAGUAGUUAGAAUAUUACUUACAAAGUAUUCGAGAGACAAG